AACAACAACGAUCAGUGGAAGAAAAUUUUCAUUUAUCACUGCUGAUAAAUCUCAAUUCGAAUCAAUCUACUACGGUGAAAUCUGGAAACGAUUUAAAACGGUUCAUGUCGGUCGGACGGUCGUAGCAAUGUCGUGCGAAGUGAAAUUACUGGCAAAUGUUGACGAUUUACGCGAAGUGCAAGAGCAGUUUGGCCUGAGUUCAGAGGAGAACUGGCUCAAUGCUGUGUGCUACUCGCUCUCUCCGGCCGGUGAUAUUCUGGCGUUCGGUCACGGUUCGAUACUGAUCAUCCUCACCUCCAAAUGGGACCGGCAGCGGCAACUCAGUGUCUACAAGAUCGCCUGGAAGGGUGCGAUCGACGAUCCGAACUGUCUGAUCACCAGCGUCCUCUGCACGCCAGUGGUCGGCCAAGGGAGCUCGCAGACCAACGUGGUGGACUUCAGCUUUAUAGUGGUGGGUCUGGAUAGUGGGCAAGUGUUGUUCUACGGGGAGAAUGGAAGUUUGGUCCAUUCGCAGCUGUUUCACCAAGAACCGGUUCAGGCAAUCAAGGCGCAAAGUGGGAAGUACAUCAACGAAGAGCUGUACGUGUUUCAUGCCUCGUGUGUAGUGAUAAUUCAGGGCUCGCAGUUGUUUCCUUUGUUGAGAAGUUUGAAGCAGCAAAUCGGUAGAUAUGGGUUGGGGAAUUCGCGAGUGAACGAAGCUCAAGAAAUGGUCGCGUGUCGUAAGUGGAACUACGGGAAAAACAUGACCGUGCAGGAUGGGGUUGUUGUGGGGCCGCAGAAGACCUGUACAUUCGAUCAUCUGCUGACGGCUAGUCUGGAGGGAGGCUUCUUCGCGAAAUAUCGACAUGCUCCGCCGCAGAAUUCGCUGAUCGUGGCGGCGGGCAUGAAGCCAUAUAUUGGGUUCCAUUACGCCAAGGAAGGAUUCACGCAGCCUGUGUUGGCGGAUGUUGCACGGGCUGUGGCCAGCAAGAUAAAAUCCGCUUUACCGUCUUGGUUUGGUGGAUCGUCAACCCCUCAAGCUCCUCCAGAGCCACAGUUGCCGGCUUCCGAACCCUUGAUCUGCCGAUUCGGUCUAUGUGACAUCCAACGAAAUGCCUUCUCAGUGUGGUUGGCUCCGAACUACGCUCUGGCAGCCGUGGCGGAUAACUUGGGUCGUAUAGUUCUGGUGGAUUGCAUGAAAGGAAUCGCGUUGCGGAUUUGGAAAGGGUAUCGGGAUGCUCAAUGUGGGUUUAUCGAAGUUGCUGAAAAGGUUGCCAAGGAUGCGGUACCGAAGCAGGUUCGACGGAAAGCAAUGUUCUUGGUGAUCUACGCUCCGCGUCGAUCAGUAUUGGAGGUUUGGUCAUUGCAGAAUGGACCAAAAGUGGGAGCAUUCACUGCUGCGAAGAAUGGCCAAUUGGUGUACAACACGCACAGCUUCAUGGGGGUUAGCUCUGGCAGUAGUAAGGUGAAGUACACUGGUCAUGGAUGUACCUUUUUCGAUCCGAGUGACAAUUCUUUGAAGGAAAUCAGUAUUCCGUUUCAUUGCGCUCUCAGUGAUUCCAAAUCAAAGACUGCCAAAGAUCUGCAUUUAUUGAAGAGGUUAAAAAUUUGUUUGAAAGUGGGCGAUGGAAGUGAGGCGGAGGAGCUCGAAGAAAUGGUUGAUAUGUGCAAAAGUUUCGAAACCGAUGAGAUUAAACAACAAUGCAUCGAGAUGCUUGUGAAGCACAAGAAGAUCAAAGCAAAAUUGUUCCGAAGUGCUGUAGAAGUGUUUGGAAGGUAUGGUGAAGAAGCAGAGGCACAAGAAGCUGAACAUGACGGUAGACUUAAACAUCUGAAAGUGAUUUGUGAUAACUACAGGAAGUUGACACUAUUUUAUUUGUUCUUAGUGGGUGAGGUAGCGAUUGAAGAACUUGUUAAUCAAUUACCUGAAGAGCCAGAAAUUCUUGGCGACCAAAGCAAAAGCUCGGAAACGGAGAAUAAUGACCAACCAAUGAAUUUAGUUGACGGCCCGCUCGAGAACGCGGAUACCGAACCACUGUCUUUCAAAACUAGUUUUGAUGAAAAUGUAAAACUAUCUGAGAUGGAACUGGCUUCGAUUGGGAAGCUGAUUGAACUACUGGCAAUGAACAGCUCAUCGGACGGUGCCUCGACAACUCGAGUUACUUUUGAGGACUCGACAGCCAAAAGCAAUAUAUUCCAGGAAUACAUAUCAUACUACAAUGUGUCUAAUGAGGGACUAAUUUUGCUCAAAGAGGACACUGAACAAUUGUUUAGCUCACUGGGUAGAAUUAUCUUCGAGGAUAUUUAUUUGAGUAACGGAGCAAGAUUGGAAGGAUUUGUAAAUGCUGCCAAGGCAUCUGGUUUGAUAUAUGACGAUCUGUUGAAGUUGUUCCUUGCGUACUGGCUUCGCAUUCCAUUUGUUUACAAAGACAUAGCAGAGUUAGCUGAAGAUCUUAACAAAUUCUACAAAGUACUUCGCCGGAUAUGCUCUCUUGCGGAAGAUCGGAUACGUUUUGAGAACAACACAAUCUGCUUGUGGUGGCAAAAUGCUCGCGAGUAUCUACUGGAGUCUCCUUGUGCACUACGCGGGUUGUUGGCUGCGAUUAUGUGCCGCAAUGAAGCGCUGAAGUACGAAGAUCAUAGCGACGAAGAUGAUUACCAAUUUGAAGAGGUAUCCCAGGAAGCAUGUCAAUGGACGCUUUUGAUAGGAAAACUUGAUGACGUAUCUGUUCUGGGAGCAAUUCUUGCAGAAAACUUGAAUUGCUUGAACCCGCGGUAUCCUUGUUUGAAGUAUCAGAAACCGGAUGUCAGCCUCAAGGAGAUCCUGAAGGGAGGACAGGGAAUCGUUGCAGAGAUUGUUGCAAAGUGGAUUGCUGCCACCGGAAUUGAUCCGGAAAAACUAGUCAUUGAAGUUCCAGAUGAAGCACAAGAAGACGAAAAUGCCGGAGUUCAGGAACCAGCUGAGACUGAGAAAAAGGAACGAAAACGUCUUGCUCAGCUGAAGCAGAACCUAAUUGAGACGAGUGAAUAUGGUGGAAGUAGCGAUUCCGAACUGGAUCCGGUGCUAUAUAAUCUGAAUAUUCUUCGGCGACACUUCCCUUUCAGUUUGGACAGUGGAACUCUUCUUAGCCAUCUCGCCUGGGAAUACAUCUGUGAUUGGAGUAAGAACAUGUCCAACAUGGACUGUUUAUCUGCAGGGUUGGCAUGUCUCAAAGCAAUCCCUCGUCUACAGUAUUCCAUAAAACAUGGUCUAUGCUGCAUGAUUUGGAAUGCUCACUUGAAAAUUCCCCUGGAAGCUACGAAAAAACUUGUCAACAAGGUCGGCAGACUGCCUAAGGAAAAGCUCUGCCAACAAGACAUUGGAAUAUCAGACGCUUUGGUGCCGCAGUUUCUAGAGCACUGUCUAGAAUUCUUCGAUCAAUUUUGUAAUUCGAUCGACCAUGACAAAUUGGAACUGAGAUUUGAGGAACUGCUGCAGGAUGGUCCGAUUCCUCUAACAUCCCUUGCGAUCCAACAAAACUCGGCCAACAUGGCACUACUGAAACUACAUCACGAAUUGACCACCGUACUAUUGGUUCUAACAUCGUUCAACAUCAAAUAUCAAAAGCCCAUCCAGCAACUAUUCGACGGAAUGGCCAACCAAUCAUUCUUCGCCGAGAUAAAUCGACAGCUGGCGUACAGUUUGCCGAAAGCGGAUCUUCUGCUCAAGCGGGUACGGUUUGAGUUUUUCUGCAAGACCAUUACGGCCACAAUGGACUUGAUCCGCGAGGACAUGGAGAACGUGUUCUAUACGGACCACAUCGCGUGGAUGGAGAGGAUCGAUCAGUUGGCUGAAGUGUGGGAGAUCAGUCUAACGGAGCUGAAGAAACAUCAGAUCGUUGAACUCUACGCCCAUGGGUGGGAUUCGUACGCCGAGGAGCUACUGGAGAACAUCGUGCCGGACCAAACGCUGGGCAAUCUGCUGCUGACCAUCGCCGGCCGUCGGCUGACUAUGCACACUAAAGCGAACCCACGCAUCUGGGGCCAGGUGGCUGCCGUUGGCCCUCUGCUGACCGACUAUCUGGACACGCUAAUUUCAUCCGAUAACAACGGUCCUCAGUUGCGUUUCGCCGAGGGGAACGAGGCAACAACCGCAUCCGGAGACGUUUCCAUCGACAAGCUGGCCCGCCUAGUGGAGCGGACGUUCCGUAGUUUAAGUGCAACCACCACCACCGCCGCCGCCGCCUCCACACUGUCGAGCAACAACGGAAGUGGCGGUACUCCGAAUCAAAAUGCCCUCAGCAAUAGCACUGGUGCUAGUGGCAGCUCGCAGACGAAGGAGCUCCGAAUUGCCGGCUUGUUGUUCGAUGCUUGCGCUACCAUUAGGGAAUUGAGCAUAACCGAAAUCGACGCGCGGAAACGUUAUCGGCAAUCCGACGACGAGGAGGAUGGGCACGUCGGCGUCGGCAGCACAGCCCCAAACACGAAGUCAAACGCAAGUAGGAAAUUGUUAAAGUUUCAGCCCGAAUCAUAAAUCCGUGUAAUUGAGAUGGGAAAAUUACUGCUCUUUAAACCAUGUUGAAAAUGAAGUAAGCUUACAACAGAAGUAUGUAAAUAUCUAGUGAAGUUGAUCAGCCGUGUCAAGUGAUGGGAACCGGCUGGUAUCAAAUAUAAUUCUUGUUAAAUUUCA